CCGGCGUCGUGAUGUUGGGUCUCGCGCUCUACUUCCAUAAACAAUAUGGCCGCCUUUAUACUCACUAUCUAAUUCCGGUCCCCGGUUUAAUCAGCAGUUGCUUGGCAACUCUGGCAUCUCAUGGGCCGCGUGCAGGUUGCAAGUUGUGAUCGCGUCCACGCUUAACUUUCCACAUUAUCAGGCGUCGAUUAAGCCACUGGUAAUUAAAACGUGUCGUAAGUAAUUGUAAAGGGAUUAAGUCAGCGAGAUCGGGGCAUUCACGAAUUGUAGUUUGUUAGUUGGGGUUUUGCCUUUAAUUGGGACCCGUGAUUGGAACUUCAUGCUGGUGGUAAAAAUGCUGUUAAGCCUUCUUUGCAGUUUCAAUUUAAAGCUUUCGUGACUGCAGGGAUUCAUAUUCUUGGUUCUUUCGGUAAAGUCACGUAGAAGGGAAAUAAUAAAAUAAUACAAAUAAAAUUAUAAUAUUCUCACGACGUUUCGAUUGCAACCUUCUACGUGACUUUACCGAAAGAACCAAGAAUAUACUUAAUUGCAGUGUUCCACUUUCCUAUUGAUAUCAACUUUGUUCCGUGGGCGCCCGCCGCCAAAGGAACGUGCCAUUUCCACAACUGGUCAGGGCGAUGCGUACGGUGAGCGGCCUCGUGGGCCUGCGCUUCGUCUCGCUCUGCGCACACACGGUGCUCGUCGCCACCGCGCUGUGGGCCGCUGUGGCAUUCGGCUGGCGCUGUGGGGACGGCGCCCUGAGGAGGGACUGCGCGGAAGAAAACCUGAUCGCCUGUAUUCCAGUGCCGCGCACCACAGAAAACCAGACGCCAACGAAUGAGGUGGUGAUACCGCUGGCGCUCACAUUGGCUGCACUGGGGGUGGAGUGGAUCGGCUUCAUCACUGGGAUGUCCGUGCACAGCAGCUCCCAGAGCCUCCUCUCCAUCGGUUGUCACAGCAGCGCCGGCAUCACGAUGGCGUUCUACCUGUUUGACUACCUGGCCUGCGACGCCGCCUGGUGGCUCCUGGGUGUCUGCAGUGUGCCACCGGCCGUGCUGGAGGUGGUCGUGGUGCUCAGUCUGCUGCUCAACAAAAGGCCUUACUAACCAUGCCACACUGAUCACAGCCGCUCAGGUCGCUUGGAGAAUUCUUGCUAAAGUGUGGUCGUGUGUCCAACAUGGGCUAGCUUUAUAGUUAAAAGUCAAACGAGAGUUCCUACUCGAAUGAGCAUCAAAGUAGAGCUCAUUUGUUUACAACCCCGAGCCAGCGGUGAAAAUGCUACAUUCCUGUGAUUGUGCAAGUCUAUUGAUUGGAUAACCAAGUGGUACUAAUUUUUAUACCCCAGAGGGAUGAUGGCCUGAGUCAAUCCCUAACUAGGAUUUGAAUUUGUAACCUCCUGAUUGCGAGCCACUUGCUCUACCACCGAGCCAUCUUCAUAGUAGGCAGGUGACAAUUUACUGCCCUGUGAGUCGAUAAACUGUCGCAAUUAGAUUAAGAAUUUCAUUCUUGGUAGUUUUGAUGGUACAUUUUUGCUUGUUUUAUCCAGUAUUUAGUGCCGAUAGUCUGCUAAAGAAAGCAGUUGCAUAUUUGUAUACACAAAUAAUUAUUCUGAUUCUAUUUAUAUUUCACGAGUAAAAAAAACAUUUUCAUGCUUUCUAGUAUUCUGAGGCAUGCUGUAAGCUUUACCCUAAAUGAGGCCAUCAUGGCUAUUAUUAUUAUGCUUGUUUGCCCAGGAGAGUCUCACCAAGUCUCAAGACUUUUUCAGGAGGGUCUUGCCAGAUUUUUGCAGGUGUUGAUUUUGCUGUGUUCCCUCAUUUGAGUAAUUUUCAGUUUUGGGAUGUUUGCCAGUUACACUGUGUGGCUUCUGUGAUUUGGAAGGAAACCGGAGAAUCCAGCGUAAAACCAUGCAAAACGGAGAGAGAACAUACAAAUUCCAUACAAUAAGGCACCUGAGUUGGGAAUUAAACCCAGGCCCUUUUUUGCUGUAAGGAAUGAGUGUUACCACUGAACCACCCUGCCCCCCCAAGGUAAAAACGUCUGCCUACUCAAGCUCACAUAGGGAGGUGCUCACCUCUAUUUGUGGCUUUGAGCUAGAUAGGGAAAAUCCAAAAUUCUAUGAUGGGACCAGUACUCCAAAGUAUGAUCAGCGUUGAGAAAUAAAUGUUUUUAUAAGCUUGUAAAAUACAACAUAGAACAGAUUGUACAUUUUGUGAAAAUGUAUAUUUGUAUCAUUUCUGGUUGGAUCAUUCAUUACAUCUGAUUGACAUGUGUAGCAAAUGGCAGGGUUCAACUGCAUAUGGUUUGACUUUGAAAACUUAUUACAUGUGCUUUAUAUUAUGAAUAAAUUCAUUUUUUUAUCUUGAUAAUAAAAAAAAUUGUAAUGGUGAUAAGAGAAAAGUUUACACGUCUACCUUCCUUUUCCACUCUUGCGAGUGGAAUUGUCCUGUUGGGUUGGCGCUUAAUAAAUAAGUCUUGCCUUUGUUGCCAACAUGCUCUUUGUACAAUUAAGUAUCAAAUUUUUAAUGAUCUCUAACGGAAGAAAUACAAAGAUAUUCUAAUUCAAACGUGAUCUCUAACUACAGAGUUCUUCAACAGUUGCCUGCACUCGGAAGCGCUGCGGCAAGGGGAGGGGUACACAGGGGAGCAAGGAGGAUUAGGGACUAUCCUGAAGCACUGACCUGGGAAGUGAUGUAUCUAAUACUUGAGGCGGCGCAGGGAGGGGAGGCGUUUGGCUGUCUGCACCCUGGCCGCCCCCCACGACAAAACCGGUGCGUGCAACGGCUCCGCUAGCGCACGCACAGCCGUUCACUUUCACUCCACAACCUUUAGUUCACAGUGCAACCGGGGUUUCAGACUGCACAAUGGAGGACGGGGGAGUGCUGGGGAGGGGGGAGGCGUGAUGGGAGUCAAAGGCGGCUGCCGGCACGAGAUUUGAGGGAGGAAAAUGGCCGACGCCAACGUAUGUCCCUCGCGCGUGCGGAGCAGCUUUGCGACGCAGCAGCAGCAUUGGUGUCUGAUGCUGGAAAAGCGCGGUCCUGUCGUCCGACUUCAGGUGAAAUGUGAUCUCAGUUUUUUCCUUUUCAUCGUCGUGUUGGGUAUUUUUUGCCUUUUUAUCUUUUAGCAAACGAUACAGCAUGGUGUACAACUGAAGGAGCCUUCCUUCCCUUCCUGGUUCACGGGGUCACGCUUCCUGUGAGCGUCGUGGUUUGGUGUGCGUCACUUCCUGUGCUUCUCUCGCAUCCACGCUUGGAUCCUCUCCUUCAACUCCGUUUCUGGAUUGCACGGGAAAAAGAAAUAAGCGCCUCAAAAAUAUGACAAGAAUAACCAUCUCUUGGAUUUCCCAGGGCACUUGCAAAUCAGACUCAUCCAGUCUCUUUAGUCCUCACCUGGUUAAACAAUACAUUUUAAAU